AUGUUCGGCAACGGCCUCUUCAACUGGUUCUCCUCCUCCAAGCAGGAGCCCACCAACGGCGCUACCUGGGACGCGAACACUGCCUCCGUCCAAAACGAGCAGCCCACUAGCCCCGAGGCACCCUCCACUGAGCGCAUUGUCGCUGAGCAGCCCAACUCCGAGGAGAACAUGAAGCUCCGUGGUGGCGGCGGUGGUGAUGUCUGCUGCGGUGUCUGUGCCGGUCUCCUCUGCUUCGAGUGCUGUGAGGACUGCUGCUAA